AUGCAGCCCGUGAUGGGGGUCCUGCUCGCCCUGGCUGCGGCCCUGGGCUCAGGCCACCGCUCACCCCUCAAUGACUUUCAGCGCCUGCGAGCCACCGAGCUGCUGGCUAUGCCCACAGAUCCACUACCACCACUGCCAGAACAGGGCUCGGCAGAGCAGUGUGCCCAGCGCUGUGCCACCAGCCUGGCUUGCCGGGCUUUUCACCACAACCGGCAGAACCAGCUGUGCCACCUGCUGCCCUGGACCCAGCACUCACCCAAUGUCCAGCUGCAAAAAAACAUCCACUACGACCUGUAUCAGAAGAAAGACUACGUGCGGGACUGCAUCAUGGCUGAUGGCUCCAACUACCGUGGCACACGAGCCACAACAGAGAAGGGUCUGCGCUGCCAGCACUGGCAAGCCACCACACCACACGACCACAGGUUCCUGCCAUCCCAGCGCAAUGGGCUGGAGGAGAAUUACUGCCGAAACCCUGACCAGGACAAGCGGGGCCCAUGGUGUUACACUAUUGACCCCAACGUCCGGCACCAGAGCUGCGGCAUCAAGAAGUGCGCGGAUGCUGUCUGCAUGACCUGCAACGGGGAGGAAUACCGCGGGGCCGUGGACCACACUGAAUCGGGGACUGAGUGCCAGCGCUGGGACCUGCAGCACCCACACAAGCACCCCUACCACCCUGACAAGUACCCUGACAAGGGACUGGAUGACAACUACUGCCGCAACCCCGACAGCUCCGAGCGGCCCUGGUGCUACACCACCAACCCCAGACGGGAGAGGGAGUAUUGCCGCAUCCGCAUCUGCAGUAAGUCCCUGCUGGGGUCACACACAGCUGGGAUAAGGGGUCCUGGGUGCCACCCUAACCCUGCCAUUCUGGCUCUCUCGGUCAUGCAAGCAGAGAAACAGCCACGGACCCACAACAUCACCACUGGCUGCUUCAGGGGCAAGGGUGAAAGCUACCGGGGCCAGGUGAAUGUCACCGUGUCGGGCAUCCCUUGCCAGCGCUGGGACACCCAGACCCCCCACCAGCACCACUUUGUGCCUGAAAAGUAUCCAUGCAAGGACCUGCAGGAGAACUACUGCCGCAACCCUGAUGGCUCAGAGGCACCGUGGUGUUUCACUGUCCGCCCCACUGUGCGCAUUGCCUUCUGCUUCCACAUCCGCCGCUGCCCCGACGAGCUGAGUGCCCAAGAGUGCUACCAUGGCCAUGGCGAACACUACCACGGUCACGUCAGCAAGACACGCAAGGGCAUCACCUGCCAGCCGUGGGCUGCCCAGGCGCCCCACAUGCCCCAGAUCUCGCCUGUCACCCACCCUGAGGCACACCUGGAGGAAAACUACUGCCGCAACCCUGAUAAUGACAGUCAUGGCCCCUGGUGCUACACCAUGGAUCCCCACACUCCCUUUGACUACUGUGCCAUCAAGCCCUGCUCUGGCAGCGCAGUUCCCUCCAUCCUGGAGAAUGCAAACGUGGUGGCAUUUGAGCAAUGUGGCCAGCGGGAUGAGAGGCUGCAGCAGAAAGGGCGCAUUGUUGGUGGCCAGCCUGGCAACUCACCCUGGACUGUCAGCAUCCGCAACCGGGCUGGUGUGCACUUCUGCGGGGGGUCCCUGGUGAAGCAGCAGUGGGUGAUCAGCACACGCCAGUGCUUCUCCUCCUGUGGUGCUGACCUGACGGGCUAUGAGGUGCAGUUGGGGACACUCUUCAAGGACCCUGGCCCUGGGGACCCUGACAAGCAGACUGUCCCCAUUGUGCGGAUUGUCUGUGGCCCCUCUGAGUCCCAGCUGGUGAUGCUGAAGCUGGCAAGACCAGCCACUCUGAAUAGGCGUGUGGCCCUGAUCUGCCUGCCACCUGAGCGCUACGUGGUGCCCGCAGGCACUGUCUGCGAGAUUGCUGGCUGGGGGGAAACUAGAGGCACAGCAGAUGGCAGUGUGCUGAACGUGGCACGGCUGCCCGUGCUGGCCCACGGUGAGUGUCGUGCAGCACUGCGUGGGCGCCUGAAGGAAAGUGAGCUGUGCACAGCGCCACUGCGUGCUGGUGUGGGCGCCUGCGAGGGAGAUUAUGGAGGGCCACUGGCCUGCAUCACUGCUGACUGCUGGGUGCUGGAGGGGGUGAUCACCCCCUCCCGUGUCUGUGCCCGCACCGACCAGCCUGCACUCUUCAUCCGCGUCUCCCUCUAUGUCGACUGGAUCCACAAGGUGAUGAAGAUGGGCUGA